GUCUAAAUCUCAGCUUCGUUUCCCAUCUUUUAAUCACCAUCUCUAUCUUCUUUCUCCAGCAUCAUCAGAGAGGAAAGUUUCCUUCAACAUUCAUCAGAGUUCAUAGAGAAUCAAAUCAGUUUGCGAUGGCCCAGAAGUUGGAAGCAAAAGGCGGGAAAGGAGGCAAUCAGUGGGAUGAUUUACUUGACCAUGACAAUAUCGCAAAGAUUCAUGUACAAGGUGGUCAUGAAGGGAUUCAGUACGUCAAGUUUGAUUAUGUUAAGUUUGAUAAUCUCAAGAUUGGUCAACCCAAACUUGGAUCAAUCCAUGGUCUCUCGCGUAAAGGAUUCACGCAAACGUUUGAGAUUGAUCCCACCAGUGAGUAUAUUGUAUCCGUUGAAGGUUACUAUGAUGAAUCUAAGGGUAUUAUUCAAGCACUUAAAUUCAAAACCAACAAGAAGACUUCUGACAUGAUAGGAUACGAUGAAAAUGGUUUGAAGUUCUCACUUGAAGUUAAGGGAAAAGCAAUAAUUGGCUUUCACGGAUUUGCUGACACUAAUCUAAAUUCUCUUGGAGCUUAUUUCGCACCGGCUCCUCCAACUAAAUUUGACUAUCAAGGUGGUUCAGGAGCCCAACUUUGGGAUGAUGGUAGUAACUACAAUGGUGUGAGAAAGGUUUCUUUUUCGUUAGAUGACACCGAGAUAAGGCAAAUCAGGAUUGAAUAUGACAAAAGUGGCUUAGUAGAAAAACGUGAGUACGGAAGUAACGUAGGACGACAAGAGGAGUUUGUGCUGGACUAUCCGACUGAAUACAUCAUAUAUAUGGAGGGUACAUGCGAUAUUGUAAGCGAUACUAGUAAAAACCGUGUGAGGUCGCUGAUGUUCAAAACGUCAAAAGGGAGAACCUCUCCGAUAUUUGGAAAAGUUGCUGCUAGAAAAUUCGUGUUUGAAAGCAAUGGUAGUGCUCUUAUCGGGUUUCAUGGGCGAGCUGCUGCUGCCGUAGAUGCCAUCGGGGCAUAUUUCUCUCCGCUGAUUCUUUCUGCUCCUGCUCCUCCGCCUCCACCUGCCGAGAAACUACAAGCAAAAGGUGGAAACGGAGGCAAUCAGUGGGAUGAUUUAGCUGACCAUGAUCAUGUAACAAAGAUUUAUGUACAAGGUGGUCAGGAAGGUAUACAAUACGUCAAGUUUGAUUAUGUCAAGAAUGGUCAACCACAAAGUGGAUCAGUCCAUGGUCUCUUGGGUAGAGGAUUCACGCAAACGUUUGAGAUUGAUCCAACCAAUGAACAUCUUGUAUCCGUUGAGGGUUACUAUGAUGAAUCUAAGGGUUUGGUUCAAGGGCUUAAAUUCAAAACCAACAAGAAGACUUCUGACAUGAUAGGAUACGAUGAAAAUGGUUUGAAGUUUUCACUUGAAGUUAACGGAAAAAAGAUAAUUGGCUUCCAUGGAUAUGCUCAGACUUAUCUAAACUCUCUUGGAGCUUAUUUCGUAACGGCUCCUCCUACUAAAUUUGACUACCAAGGUGGUUCAGGAGCCCAACUUUGGGAUGACGGUACUAACUACAAUGGUGUGAGAAAGAUUUCCUUUGCGUUAGAUGCCAAUGAGAUAAGGCAAAUCAGGAUUGAUUAUGACAAAGGUGGCUUAAUUGAAAGACGAGAGUACGGGGGUAACGUAGGACGACAAGAGGAGUUUGUGGUCGACUAUCCAAGUGAAUAUAUCAUAUAUAUGGAGGGUACAUGCGAUAUUGUAAGCGAUGCUAGUAAAAACCGUGUGAGGUCGCUGAUGUUCAAAACGUCAAAAGGGAGAACCUCUCCGAUAUUUGGAAAGGUUGCUGCUCGUAAAUUCGUGUUUGAAAGCAAUGGUAGUGCUCUUAUCGGGUUUCAUGGGCGGGCUGCUGCUGCAGUAGAUGCCAUCGGAGCUUAUUUCUCCCGGUUUAUUCUUCCUCCUUCCGCUGAAACACUACAAGCAAAAGGAGGUGAAGGAGGAGAUCCAUGGAGCGAUGGUGUUUUCAACGGUGUGAGGAAUAUAUAUGUAGGACAAGGUGAAAAUGGUGUCAGUGCCGUCAAGUUUGUGUAUGAUAAAGACUCUCAGGUGGCUGAAGGGAAUGAUCAUGGGAAACCAACACUUCUUGGAUACGAGGAGUUCAAGCUUGAAUAUCCGAGUGAAUACAUCACCACGGUGGAAGGUUGUUUUGACAAAAUAUUUGGAAGUGGAGGCGGCGUUAUAACCAUGCUUAAGUUCAAGACCAACAAACGAACCUCUCCGCCGUUUGGACUCGAAACAACAUCAAACUUUGUUCUCGGGAAGGAAGGUUACAAAAUUGUAGGGUUCCACGGAACAUCUAGUCAUGAGCUUCAUCAGCUCGGGGUAUAUGUCAUGCCCAUCUAGUGAUAUUUGCCCAAUCUUAAGUGAGCUACAAGUUUUCUUAUAAAGUAUUGUCUGCUAGUCCUAUGUUAAUUUGUAUUUCGUUCAUUUCUGCAAUGUCAUGUAAUAAAGCAGGAUUUUUUCAAUCCGAUUUAAAGUUUCUUUAUGCAUACACUGGAUGGUGAUCGACUAGUUCCUAUUCAAAAC